AUGAGCUCCAAAGCCCCUGCCGCGACCCCCGCGCCUGCGCCGACGGCCGCCUCAUCCGAGCCCAAGAAGAUGAUUCACAUCGUUGAGGAAGACGACGAGUUCGAAGAGUUCGAGGAGCAGAACUGGGGCGCCAAGAUGGAAGAGAAGGAGAGCCACAUCAAGCUCCAGUGGCAGGACGACUGGGACGUCGACCAGGCCGACGACGACUUCUGCAACCAGUUGCGCCGCGAGCUUGAAAAGAACGCGCUUCCGAUCCGCAGCAAGCACGGCCCCGCUCUGGCGCACCAAUAG